UGUAAACCGAGCGCCAUUUACUAUUUUAGUCCUACUCUUUUGCUAUGUUUAGGACAGAAGUGCGUUUUUCAGUGCUUGGAAACGAUGAUUAAAUAUAAAUCCCAGCACAACUAGGGUUUCAAAAAAAGAGCUUGUGAAUGGUCCAACACCCCACCCAGCAGAAACAUCUGGAGCUGAGCACACACCAGAAACCUCCAAGUCUCUCAACCCAGAUCAUACCAGGACCAAAGGAUAAAUCAGAGAGACUGUUUUCACUCUCAUUUAUGAUAUCUGCAGCAAGAAAAAUGUAAAAGUGAGUGAGAUUCAAGUCUAGACAGAGGACAGUUGGUAAAAUUGUGCCAAAGGUUGCAGAGAAGAAGGAACUUACUGGAUCGAGUGGAGCAUCGUAGACUCAGUUUUCAAACCUGCCUUAAAGAGAUUUACAGACUCCGUUUCUUGUUCAAUGGCUUCCAAAGAAGUUAAGAACAGGGGCGUGAAAUCUCUCAAGGAAGUCCAGACAGUCACUGAGGGUUUGAAGUUUCUCUACCGACAGAAGCUGCUUCCUCUGGAGAAGUAUUACAGCUUCUCAGACUUUCACUCUCCCAGUCUGGAAGAUGCAGACUUUGACAACAAGCCCAUGAUCCUGGUGGUGGGCCAGUGUUCAACGGGGAAGACGACCUUCAUUAGGUAUCUUCUUGAACAAGACUACCCAGGAGGUAGAACUGGGCCUGAACCUACAACCGACUGUUUCACUGCUAUCAUGCAUCGGGAUGUUGAGGGGGUGAUCCCAGGCAAUGCUCUUGUUAUGGACCCCAACAAACCUUUCCGCAAGCUCAACUAUUUUGGCAACACCUUCCUCAACCGGUUCCAGUGUGUGCACUUUCCAAACCAAGUCUUGGAAAGCCUCAGCAUCAUUGACACACCAGGAAUUUUGUCCAGCGCUAAGAAAAGGAUGAGCAGAGGCUAUGAUUUCCCAGCAGUCCUCCGCUGGUUCGCUGAGCAUGUGGAUCUCAUCAUCCUCCUGUGCGAUGCCCACAAACUGGAGCUCUCGGACGAGUUCUCUCGCUCCAUCGUGGCCCUACGAGGACAUGAAGACAAGCUGCGCGUGCUGCUCAACAAGGCCGACAUGGUGGACUCGCAGCAGCUGAUGCGGGUUUACGGUGCACUGAUGUGGUCGCUGGGCAAAGUGAUUUGCACCCCGGAAGUCCUGAGGGUCUACAUCGGCUCCUUUUGGUCCUCUCCGUUCAGGACGUCAGAGAACCGUGUGCUGUUUGAGCGAGAGGAAGAAGAUCUCUUUAAGGAGAUCCAGAACUUGCCUCGCAACUCUGCCCUGAGAAAACUUAAUGACCUGGUAAAGAGGGCACGACUUGUGAGGACCCAUGCUUACAUCGUUAGCUUUCUGAAGGUGGAAAUGCCUUUGUUUCGUCGAGAUAACAAAAAACGUGACCUGAUUUAUGACCUUCCGCUCGUUUUCUCAAGGAUCCAACAGCGGCAUCAGAUCUCAGCUGGAGAUUUUCCUGAUUGCGCAAAGAUGCAGGAGCGACUCAUGGAUCGUGACUUCACCAAGUUUAAAACCCUAAAGCCCAAACUCAUAGCAGGUCUGGAUGAGCUCCUGACGACCGACAUCGCGAAGCUGAUGCCACUUCUGCGCCAAGAGGAACUCGCAGCAGCUGAGCAGCCUGGCGUCCAAGGCGGUCCCUUACUAGGAGCAAACAGAGGCCCUUUUUUUGAAGGAAACCCGUUCUAUUAUUCGGGGCCCAACGGAGAGUGUGAGGAGCUCGCUGAAGAAGCUUGGGUGGUCUUUAAAGACAAGCCGAAAUAUGACGAGAUCUUCUACAACCUGUCUCCUCAGGAUGGCAAGCUCAGCGGGCUCAAAGUGAAGGACUGGAUGACCAGCACUCGGCUGCCGAACUCGGUCCUGAGCCGGAUUUGGAAGCUGUCGGAUGUGGAUGGAGACGGCAUGCUAGAUGAUGAAGAGUUCGCUUUGGCCAGCCACCUUAUUGAGGUGAAGUUAGAGGGCUUCGGGCUUCCUCCCAAGCUCCCUGCUGACCUGGUGCCGCCGUCUAAAAGAAGACGCAAAACCUCGAGGACAGAGAACAGGGAAGACCGUGGGGAGGCGUAGAUGCUUGUCUGAUGCUAACGAUGACUGAGCAAGAUUUAUUCACUAAGGUUUUCUAUGAUUUAUGCACUUAAAAUCAACCCUUGUCCGUGUCUAACCUAUAAAAGUUCCAUUACUCCCCUUUUAGUGAAAACAUGCACUGAAGUAAUUACAUAUACCGAUCCGCCAUAACAUUAAACCACUGACAGGUAAAAUGAAUAACACUAAUUAUCUCAUUACAGUGACACCUGUCAAGGGGUGGGAUAUAUUAGGCAGCAAGUGAACAGUAAGUUCUCAAAAUUGAUGUGCUGGAAGCAGGAAAAAUGGGCAAGCGUUAAGGAUCUGAGUGAUGUUGACAAGGGCCAAAUUGUGAUGGCUAGACGACUGGGUUAGAGCAUCUCCAAAAUGGCAGGUCUUGUGGGGUGUUCCCAGUAUGCAGUGAUAGGUACCUACCAGAGGUGGUCCAAGGAAGGACCCCACAAUCCCACAGUACUGCAAUGUGCCAUUAUUUAAAACAUGAGUUCUUAAAUAUUAUUUUUUUUAGCAGUCAGGGCCCCCUUAAAGUUAGAAAAAAAAAAAAAAAAACACAACCACAGACCAUAAACCAGGUGCACUGUAUUAAAAGUAUCAAAAAUAUUUUAUAUCAUAUGAAUGUUCCCUAGUUUUAUUAAUAUUGCAGUUAGAUUAAAGUUGACAUUUAUUUAUGACAUUAUUUUACCUUAAUGUAAAAUAACAGACCAAUUGUGUAAGCUUAUUACUAUAAUAAUAAAAUAAUAAGUGUAACAGCUAUAACAACAGUAGUUAAUGCUAGUUAACUGUUCUCUUCAUCAUCAUCAUCAUCAUAUCAUUAAAAAAAUUAAUAAAAUCACACUUUGGAGGUCUGGGGGGGGGGGGGGGGGGGGUCGACAGCAUUCAAAAGUAGUGAGGUAAAAUAUAGAAAAAUAACAAGAUUAACAGGGAUUUACUUAUUAUUCCACUUUAUAUUUUACGAUAUUUACUUGGAUUCUUAAUUCUGUAAUGUGAUUUUUUUACUGAACCUCAGUAAAUCUG